AUUACAACAACAAAACAAAAUGUCAGAGAAACCUGUCGUAUGCAAGUGAAGUCUUAUUUUUGUAAAUAAGCUAAUAAGAAACCAAUAAAUAAAUCAAGAGAUGUAUUCUACAAAUGAUUAAUGUGUAUUUGUUGCAAUAUGAGUUCUGGAAUGUGAUAAAUAAAGUAAUUUAAUAGUGACAGAAAUUGAAUAAACAAAACGGCAAUUUGAAAUAAAUUCUAAUAAGAUGCGGUGCUGUGUCCCAGGAUGCAAAAGUGACUCAAGGUACAGCUCGAAGUCACAAGGAAUCACAUUUCAUAUGUUUCCCAGUGAACCAUCUUUGAGAAAGACAUGGUUUCAAGUUCUUGGUAAAAAGGAGUCAUGGAAACCAAAAGAAAGAGCCGCUGUAUGUUCAGCACAUUUCCUUUGUGACGAUCUCUAUCAUACCAAGAGUGGUCUACGGAAAGUCAGGGCCGGUGCUGUGCCUUUUAUAGUACAGGAUUCAAGCAGUAAGGAUAGUCUAGAGGAGCAGUCUCUGAUGGUAUGCAGAAUAUGCUUGGUUAUGGACACCAAGCUGUUCUCUAUCAGGAAGUACAAAUUAGAAAAGGCCUAUGAACAACUAACAGGAGUAUCGGUAUUUUCUGAAAACCGUUUACCUAAUGAAUUAUGCGUGGAAUGUGCCCAGAGAUUGAUAAACUGUAACCGAUUUAGACAGAAAAGUUUGAGAGCCAACUCUCUUAUGUUGGAGCUACUUAAGAAACAUGAUGAGCUAACAAAACGCAACAUACAAUCAAUAAGUCGAGAAAACAACCAAUUAGCAUCAAAUUUAACGACAAAAACUUAUGUAGACAGUUAUGAUAUUUAUAUUGACGAAGUUGUUGAGAAUGUACAAAUAGCACCUGAAGAAGUUAAACCAGUGGAUGAACCAGAUUUAGAUACUGCAGUGAAGAUCGAAGAGAAUAACGAUGAAGAAGAUGAUGAUGAAGGAAACGAUGAUAUGCUAUUCAAUGAAUACAAUGAAUUUGAUAUAAAAGAUGAUGAUUAUUCCACCGACGAUAGUUUACCUUUACAAGAAACUAAGAAGAAAUCUAAACAAUAUAUUAGAAGUAAAAAGGUUAAAACUGAUGGUGGAAUAAAAGUUGAUGGGAGGAAGAAGCCUUUCGUUGAUGAGCAUGCCAAUAAUAUAUUCACAAUAACCGAUUUGACUUUGGAAGAGCAGUUGGCUGAUAUAGAAAGUAGGAGGGAAAGUUCCAAUUUUAAGAACGGUAUAUUCAAGUGUAUGGAAUGCUAUAAAGGAUUCUUAGAUGAGGAAGCAUAUAAUGCUCAUAUGCUUAGGCAUACUACGGCGUGCGGCGAAUACGCAUGUAGUAUAUGUAAAAUACAUUUCAAACAUCCGCACGCGGCUAGGAAACACAAAACCGCCCAUCACACUCAGAGAUUCAGUUGUAACCAAUGUUCUUACGUCACAAUGCAUCGACAAUCUGCACGACUGCACAUGAAAUGGCAUAAAGGAACCAAAUAUAAAUGCCCUCACUGCAGUGAAGAGUUCUCUAAAUUCACCACGUAUAUGGGUCAUGUCCGCAUCAAACAUCCGUCUGACUUCGUGUGCCUGUUGUGCGGUUAUUCGUUCGUCAGCGAGAAGGGUAUAAAUCUACAUAAGAAAUUGAAACAUCGAUUGGACAACCAACCUAUACCAGAAGACGGUCCCAUUUGUGAAAUGUGUAAUUUGCGUUUUCUCGACGCCGAUGCUCUUAAGCGCCAUCUAUAUGUGUCCGCGAGACACAAAAGCGUGGACGGUAAGAGAAUGAAUAACACGAUCAAAAGAAGAACGCCGGAGAUAAGGCAGUGGGAGAGGAAGAAGAGGGAGUUCGAUAAAGUGGAAGGGCCAAUACCUUGUGAGCAAUGCGGUAUUCAGUUGAAAGAUUCUCGAGCGUACCACGGCCAUUUUAGACGAAUGCACCCGGACAAGAACCGAACCAAAUACCCGUCUAUGAAGUCGCCUUGUAUGUGCGAGGUUUGCGGUAGAAUGUUUCAGAGUUACGCCUUACUAAAAGAUCAUACGUGGGUACAUACGGGCGAGCGUCCCUUUAAGUGCGAUCUGUGCGAUAAAUCUUUCCGUAUGAAGCAACGCUUGGUCACACACAAACGGAUACACAGCGCUGAGAAAACAAUGUACGGAUGUGAUCUGUGCGGAAAACAGUUCAGCACGCACAGCAAUAGGCAGCGGCAUAUGUUUAUCCACACCGGCCUGAAACCUUUCAAAUGCGAAAUGUGUGGGAAAGCAUUCAAACAUUCUAGCGAGAAAAGAGCUCAUAUUACUUAUGUGCAUCAUAAAAAACCAUGGCCCAAACGGAGUAGGGGAAAGAGGCGUACAGACGGACGACAGUUAACAAUGGCUAAUCAACAGUUAGGCCCGUCUGUGGACAUAGAUAUACAACCAAUGUGGAACUGCGACCCAAAGAUGGACCUCGCCACGAAUGUCAACGACAAACCUUAUUAUACCAUGAAGAUAUAAUCCUUAUUCUUAUGUAACAAGUCGGCUAAUUGUCUCAUUUCAAAAUCUAUUGCAAUCCCUUUCAAAGGUUAGCGAUUAGAAUUAUAUAAGGUCGCAAUUGCUCUUAAAACCAAUGAGGAUUUGUAUGGUCAUGAAAUAUAGGGUAUGUUCCGAUAUACACUGCGACCACUGAACAGUAUGACGUCAAUUUAGUAUACUGGAAGCCCGUUCCUUUAUAGCUAGUUAUACUGGUGACUUUUUAAAACGGAACGCAGUCCAGUAUACUGUUAAUCCUAUUUUUUGGCGCCAUUUUCAAAUUUGUUAAUGCAAGGUGAAUAGGUAUAAAUAUAAAGAUUCCCCCUUUUCAAAAGAAAAUUGGAAAAUUGUAUAAAAAAAUUAUUUAUCCAUCUUAUAAUAAACGUAAGUAUUUUAUUUUAUCUGUUUCGACUGAUCACGUGGUCAAAAGCACUGCGAGCACCUUACCUCGAAAUCUCCAGUGCUCACAGUACAAAUAUGGCGGCGAUUUGUGACGUCAUAAAUUUCCCUAGGGUACUGUAGCAGUGUACUGGCAGUCCAUAACGGAACGGAUUUUUCAGCAGUAAGACCACUGCGCAGUGCUCGCAGUGUAUAUCGGAACAUACCCUACAUUUCCGCCCGCCCCCCUCUCGGUCCCCUUUGUCGUCACACCCCGCGCCCCUGUACCGCGCGGGCGAGGACUCAUUUAAACGGUCAUACUAUAGCUUUUAAAGAUAUUUUUGUGUC